AUUUCGCCAUUUUUUCGAGGCCGCGAUGGCCCGCGACACCAAGCCGCUGGACUCGGACUACUCGGACUCGGACGUGGACAUGGACGUCCCGUUCCGCGCGCGUGUCCCGACGCUCGUGACAUUGCCUGCCUGUCGGCCGUUGGCAGCCGACGACGUUGGCGUUGAAGCGCCGCCUGUAAACCUCUUGUCGCUGCUGCCGCCAGACAUGUGGAUGCGGCUCACGCCGGCCGAGCGUGCAAGCUUGCUCCCGACGCUGCCCGACUUGAGUGGCUGGUGGGGCUUGUCGUCCGACGACGCGGCCGCCGAGAACGUGCGGCAGCUUCUUGCCGGCGCCAACGUCAACUUUGGCAACCUGCUUACGCGGUUCAGCUUUCCAAGCGCCGCACGCAGCGCGCGGAUCCGGGACGAGCGGGUCGCGUUCGAGUGGGCGCGCACUGAGUACGCGUCGUCAAUCACCGCCUCGAUCCUCUCGCACCGCGCGCAGCUGCUGCGCGAGCCCAUGUCGCUGGACGAGCAAGCACUCUCGACACCGAUGGCGCUACCUGCCUCCGCACCGGCCGUCAUCGACGAGAUCCGGCCGUCAGCCCCGUCGCUCUUUCUCGCGAUUCGCUCAGCACUGCAUACGAUACCGCGCACCGCAAGCGAUAUCUGCGACAUGCUGCUGGCGGAGCACGCGUGGACCCCGGCCUUGGACGGCGUCAACGUGCCCGAGCUGACGCCGCGCCUGUACAUUGAGAGCGCCCUCGUGUUUCUGUCCCAGCCGAUAGUUUCGACCGCGUUUGCGGGCGGCGCCCACGGCUGGGACGUUCCGUCUGUGGCGUUCGAUCCCGUCGGCGAGACGUUUACAUGGCGACAAGAUGCGCAAGACAGCAUGGACGAGUCGGUGCGCCUCUUGCACCUCGAGCGCCUCUUCCGCUCGCCGUUGACCGAAGUGGACCCGAGCUUGCAACCCCACGCGGCCAUUUUGCGCGUGGCUCGGGCCCACAAGGGAGUGCCCAAGCGGCCGCGGGUGGAAGAAGACAGCGCGCCGACGCCUCCCGCGUACACGUUCAAGACGGCCGAGAAGACACAGCAGACCGAACGUCCAUCGCAAGCCAUGUACCACGCGCAAGACCGCCAGCGCUACAGCAAGCCUAGCAUGCCCUUUACGUAUUACGACAUGGCGAGUGGGCACCAAACGUCGGUCGGGCCGUUGUUGCCCGUGCACGGCAGCCCCGUCGACGACGCAUCGCUCUUGGUGGCCGUGCCCGACCUUCCGCCAGCGGCGUCCGUGGGCUGGAUCAACAUCACCCGAGAUGCACUCGCACGACUGCCGCCAAGUGGCGGCUCGCGCGCCGACCUUGUAGCGCUCGCCGCCCUCUCCAUUUACGUGCACCCGUCGACCCGCAUCGAUGACGUGGCGUUGGCCGUCGCCCGAACACUGGACGCGCUCUCGUCCGGGCCGAUGGCGUGUGCGAGAUACACGUACGACCUUGAGAGCAACGGUCAUCGCUGGGUCUACACGGUAGCGCGCACUAACUAAAUAGUAAAUCGAAUGUCUAUUGCCUA